CUCGCGCUUCCAAGUUCCGCGCGUGAAAAUAUGAAAAUGUUUGUAAAAGUGCUCUGACAAGGAAGUAGCUUGAUCUGUGGUAUUUUACUUAAACCAUAAACACUUAAAUACAUUUAAUUGAGAACAUGUUUACAUUUUUGACGACAGAUGUUUCGGUAUUUAAUCCUAAAUCCACCUCGACAUUGUGUAAAUUGUUGACAGGUUGCUUAUUUAGCUAGCUGGCUAACGUGGGCUAGCUACAAACUUUCCUAGCAACACAGUGUUUAACGUCACUUCAUCCAACCGGCGAGUUAAACUGCUUAGGUUAUUCGGGAAUAAUCUCAACUCUUUAACUGAAGAGUAAUUAAGCUUUCCUGUCAUCCUGUCUAUGAGUGUAAAGUUACACUGCAUGUCACAGCAUGGGCUUGCCUGGACUAGGAUCUCUCAGCAUGGGCCGGUUUGGUGAUGUGGUUCAAUCUCAGUCGUGGUGCAGGAGAAAGAGACGAGGUGUCACAUUGAUGUUUUGACACUCCCAGGUUGACACUCCUGCUCAAAAAGUGAGAGACAAAGAAAAGAGAGGAUGGAGAGAGAGCAAGAGUGGGCACAGACAUCGACAGGAGAUGACAGGGCACAAGAUAAGGAGAGACUGGAUUAUACGAGGGCGAUGGGUGUAAAAGAAGUGAUGACAAGGGAACGGGAGCUUGGAGCGCCUGGUAUGGCAUCAGAUCAGGAUCAGCAACUGAGACCAUGUGUUGAAGGUGUGAAUGAACAUGAGCGUAAUUCUAAAGGAUCAGUAUCAAUGCAAAGUCGUCUUCAAGGACACGGAGUUGGAAAUGGAGAAGCUAUUCAUGGCCGUAUAUCUUCUUCCUCCUCUUCGUCAUGUCCAUCUCCAUCUGCUCUCCUCUCUAGUUUGUCUCUUUCCUCCUCAUCUCCACCGCCUUCUUUCGCGCUCGCUCUUCCGCCCUCAUUGACAUUGGAUUCGGUGUUAGUGGAUGGGAGUCUGGUGUUGGAUGUGUAUCAGCGUGGGGCUGCAAUGAUGCCUUCUUUGUGGGAGAGUGCUCGAGGCAAGAUGAAGCGCGUACAGUAUGUCCGACUGGGCUCUGAGGACGAGGAAGCCCUCGAAGGUGCUCUCGGGGUUCUUCCUCAUCUUACUCAGCUACGCUCUUUAGCUAUUCGAGGCCACCGCUUCCACGAUGCCCAAACUGAUCCUCUUCCUGGCCUCCUGACCUCGCUCCCUCCCUCAAUGUCCUGUUUGUCCCUCCUGGUCCACCUGGAUCUUUCAUUCAAUCGCCUCUCGUCUCUCCCAGCCUGCGUGUUCUCUUUCUGUCACCUCUCUGAGCUCCUGCUCUGCCAUAACCACCUGAUCAGCCUGCCUGGAGAAGUGAGUGGCCUGGUGGCUUUACGCCGUCUCAUUGUGCUGGGAAAUAAACUGGAGACCCUGCCUUCACAGCUUGGUCUUUUGUAUGAGCUACAAUAUUUGGAUGUGUCCUUUAACCAGCUGACGAGUCUGCCUGAUGAGCUCGGUCUGCUGAAAAACCUACACACGCUGGAGCUUUCAUCCAACAGGCUUCGAGAGCUGCCCGAGACACUGGGUUCUUUACACACUUUGAGGGUGCUGGGAAUCCACAGUAAUGAGUUAAGGAGCAUCCCAGACUCAGUGAAAUCUCUACCUGAGCUAAGACUGGAUGUUCGAAAUAAUCCCCUGGGCCGACCCCCGACUCCGCCACCACUCCCUCCUGCACCAGCAGCUCAAAUUGACUCUUCGAUACCAGAGCUACACCUUGCCUUCAACCAGCACAAGUUUUCAGUCUCUCCUGCAGGAUGCCAUGUGUUUCUUGCCGGUGGAGGAGAGCUCUUGUUUCCUCAGGGGUGUGUCAAGGGCUUCACGCUGCUCAAAUGGUCAGAGAGAAAACCAGACAGGAAGUGGAUAUGGCUUGAGGAGCAUGACUUCCUGCUAAGUCGUCCUUUGGAACUGCUUCCCCAUGGUGUUACAUUUGACAAGCCUGUAGAAGUGUGUGUUCCCUACCACAGGACUUGUAAAGGGGAGGUGAUUGUUCGCAGAUAUGAUGGUCACUCCUGGACUACACUACCCACCCAGACCAGAAGAGGGAGUCACAGGCACAGCUGUAGGCCACGGGGACGAGCUGCACGGCUGGCUUGUUGCACUGUGACACACUUCUCCUGGUUUGUGGCUGUCUCUCGUCCUGUCAGGGACUGUUGUUCGGUCGUACCAGACGGGGCACUGCUGGUGUCUCGCUCUGAUCCUGGGAUCAAACUCAGUUUUCCUCCGAACUGCACAACGCAUACACGCACUGUCACACUGCAGGUGCUGCAGGUGACACAGUCCAAGGUGCAGGACCUGACAGGGGACCCACAUGCCAGCGCUAGCCCCCUUCUUUGCCUCUCCCAAACUCCCAGCAUGCACUUCCUCCAGCCAGUCAAAGUGCAGAUCCCCCUUCCACCUGGACUUACUGGACUUACAGUAGAUCGGUCUCGACUACACCUGCUGCACGGUGACCCUGAGGCUCACACAUGGACUGAUGUCACCGCUCAGGUGUCUCUAUACCUCACACAUCUUUAUGCCAUCUUUUCUGUCACACAUUUCUCAUGGUACUGGCUGUGGUACACCACUCACAGCUGCAUUAGUGGAGUGGUGAGGAAAGUCUAUCACAAACUGAAGCAGUUCAGGGUUCAGUUUUUGGUGCUGCAGCGAAAAACAGACUUCACACAAGUGCUACUACAGUGUCUGCCUUCAGAUAAGAUCGAUGGUAGGUUAGCCUCUCUGUCAGAGCAGUAUGAUGGUCCUCAGCCUUCAGAUGUAUGUAACCUGUUAGAAGGAGAGCAGUUCUUUGCUGGGUUUGAGAGAGGCAUCGACAUUACCUCAGAUCGACCAGACUGUAGAGAAGGCAGACUGGCCUUCACCUUCUACUCUCACCUGAAGAACAUUAAAGAGGUACAUGUGUGCCCGAUGCACCAACAAGAGGGAACUGUCCGUGGUCAGGUAUCAUUCUACAGAGGUGAGGCACCUAGUGACCUGCCAGAGGAGGUGGCGCGGAAAAGGAAAGGCCAUGACAGUCAAUGGAUGGCUACACUGCCCCUUAGACUUCCUGGUGCUGACCAUGUGGGCAGUGUGUAUGCAGAGCGGCAGUACCCUCCGCUAAACCUUGGUGAUCCUGAAAGUGGCUAUUUGACAGAGAUCAACUUGCUCUCCAUCUCAUUACGCAUCAGCCACGACUGGCGCAGCAUCGGCAUCAACCUGGGCAUCAGCUAUAAGGAGCUGGAUCGCAUCCAAUUCAAACACAGAGAUAACCUAGGAGCCAUGGUGUUGGAGAUGCUUUUUCAUUGGGCGAGAGGGCAGGAGAAGGCGGGAGCAGGAGCAAUCCCACGGCUGAUUCAUGCUUUGAUUGAGAGCGGGAGGCGGGACCUCGCUGAGGAAGUCGAGGAUAUUGUGAAUCUGGGGAAAAUGAAAUAUGCAGAGUCCCUGAAGAGAGUGGGCCUAGAGACAGAAACCCCGCCAACGUCUACUCAGUCUCAAAUAAGCUGAAACACACACACAUAUACAGACAUACACAGAGGAGAAAAUGGAAACCUCUCCCAGGUGUCAAAAUGCACAAAUAACACUAAUGGUGCUGGCUGUUUAUACAUUUAAUGUUUUAAAAGCCAAUUGUUUGAUAUAAGACACAUACACACUUUUCUCUGCAGCGUUCUUGCUGUCAGGUUUUCCACUGUGUGAUCGUUGCUAUGGCUGAGCUGCUGUUGGGCUGAAUCAGCUUCUCACACGCAUCUGCUAAACAUACUUCUUCCACUUGCCCUCUCUUUCUCCUGAACUGUACAACACUUUGUUUACCAAGCACUAACUUAAACUGGAAGCAGACAAGUGCACUAUAAUGUAUAUUUAGACUAAAUGUUUUGUGAUCAGUAAUUGUACAUGUUGUUUAUUUAAACCAUGCCUGAAAUGUAUUAUAUGGCUGACCAUCACACUGGUGUAUGGGCCUUUCCCAAAAUGUUAAAAGCAUGAAAUAAAUGUAUGGGGUGACUUUACGGAUCAGGAUAAGAACUGGUCACGUUUUUUUUACAUGUAACAAAACAAUCAAUCAAUCAAUCAAUUAAACAAAACCCACCAGAGCCUGUAGUGAGCUAUAGCAUUACGAUUUCCCUAAAAUUGUAAGGUGUGGAUCCGGAAUCCUACUUCAGCACGACAAUCUCCCUGUGCACAAAGCGAGCUUCGAGUUUGCCAAAAUUAGAGUUAAAUAUUCAGAGUGUCCCUUACAAAAGCCCUGACCUCAACAAUACUGAACACCUUUGGGAUUAUUUUGACCACCAGCUGUCCCCCAAACCUCGUCCUCCACAAUCAGUGCCUGGUCUCACUUAGGCUCCUGUGGCUGAACGAACACAAAUCAUCACAGCAUCACUCCAGGCUCUAGUGGAAAGAAGCUUUUCAGAAGCUUUUCGUGACUGUAAAGGGGAUUAAGUCAGGAACUGGAUGUUCAUCAGGCACAUGCUAGGUUUGGUGGUCAGGUGUCUACAGACCUUUGGGUCCUGUAGUGUACGAGUGUUCAUAUCUUUAACAAUCUCUGUGGAUUUUUUUUUUCAUGCAUUUUAUGAACACAAAAAUAAA